AUGCUCCCAAAGGUAGUAUUGUACGUCUGCGGAUGUGCCCUCCUCAUCCCGACUGCCAUCGCAGCCAACUCGACCUAUACCAAUCCUAUAUUCCCGGGCUUCUUCCCAGACCCAAGCUGCAUCUUCGUUCCGGAACGGGAUGAUACGUUUUUCUGUGCGUCAAGCAGCUUCGAGGCAUUUCCUGGCAUCCCCAUUCAUGCCAGCAAAGAUCUGGUCAACUGGAAAUUGAUCAGCAAUGUCCUGAACAGGCCCGAUCAGCUGCCAGACUUGGCCAUCACCAAUAAAUCCACAAGUGGAAUAUGGGCAUCAACCAUCAGGUACCACCAAGGAACCUUCUUCAUCAUGACGACACUGGUGUUCGACGACGCGGACCAGUUUAAUAGUUCAAGAUGGGACAACAUGGUCUUCCAGUCGAAGGAUCCUUUCAAGUCUUCGUCGUGGUCAGAUCCUGUCCACUUCGACUUUGUCGGCUACGAUACCUCACCCUACUGGAGUGAUAAUGGUACAGUCUACGUUGCUGGCUCUCAUCCAUGGCAUGUUGCUCCAGGAAUUACCAUGACAACCAUUAAUCUCACCACUGGUGAGGCUGGGUCUGAUCUACGUUUUAUCUGGAAUGGGACCGGUGGCCUUGCACCAGAAGGACCACACAUCUAUUCCAAAGAUGGCUGGUACUACCUGAUGAUUGCGGAGGGAGGGACAGGUUUGACUCAUAUGGAGACCAUCGCACGAUCAAAGACAAUCGAUGGCCCUUACACCCCGAACUCGGCGAACCCAAUUGUCACCAACGCCAAUACAUCGCAAUACUUUCAAACCGUCGGCCAUGCUGAUUUGUUCCAAGAUCCUGCAGGCAGCUGGUGGGGUGUGAGUCUGGCAACCCGGUCUGGACCAAAUUUCACCACCUAUCCUAUGGGUCGGGAGACUGUGAUGUUCCCGGUAACAUGGAAGACUGGCGACUGGCCAAUAUUGCAGCUCGUCCGAGGGCAAAUGAGCGGAUGGCAGAUGCCUCCUCCAAACAUAACCAUUGCUGGAGAAGGACCUUUCACGGAUACUGCAGACCACCUCACCUUCCCCCCAAAGUCGAGCUUACCCAUACACCUUGUCCAUUGGCGCAUUCCUAUCAAUGGCAGCUACACUGUCUCGCCUUCAGGCCAUCCGAAUACUCUUCGUCUGAGCCCGUCAAAGCUGAAUCUGACAGGCUACGAUGGCAACUAUGCUGGUUCGCAAGGCCAAACUUUUGUUGGCCGCCGUCAAACAGAUUCCUUGUUCACUUACGCCGUCAACAUGGAGUUCUCGCCCCAGGCACAAGGUGACGAGGCUGGGAUCAGCGUGUUUCUUACUCAAAACCACCACGUUGACCUGGGCAUCGUGUUGUUGCCAAACUCAACAUCUUCGGCUUCACCAAAGCCAUUGGUGCCAUAUUUCCGCUUCGCCGCAACGUCCUAUCUCGCUGUGCCGCCACCCAUCCUCGUGCCGAUCCACUCCUCCUUUCCUAACUAUACCACACUGUCAGAUCCAACCGCUACUACGCUGAACCUUUAUUUGGAGGUCAAGGCAAAUAAUCUGACGCAUUACGCUUUCUCAGCUGGACCUGUUGAUGCCAUGUCUGAUGUGAUCAACAUAGGAUAUGCUCCGGCGGCUGAUGUGAGUUUUGGCUUCACUGGCACUAUUUUGGGCGUCUACGCGACGACCAACGGACGAAAUGUCAAUGCUACUGCUCCAGGAACGCCUGCUUACAUUUCGGACUGGAAGUACACUCCGCAAGGACAGUUCUUGGAUUGA